GCCUUGAAUGGCGCCGGGUAGUCCAAACCUUCAUCGCGGUCCAAUUCCGCCCGCCGCUCAAAAAAUGCCACCCCACGUCCGCCAACGUCCUCCGGAUCUGCCAGUCAUCCUUCCCUCUUCAUUCCCUCCCUUCACUUCCCUUCCACCCAAUCCAUCAAGAUGUCGCGCGGCGGUCGCGGUGGUGGCAGAGGUGGUCGAGGCGGCGCGCGAGGUGGCCGACCUCAAUUAUCAUGGGACACGGGCGAGGAGCCCGACUCCAAGCCUUCCGAGCUCUUUCCUCCCUACAGGAUCCCAGUACCUCGCCAACUGACCGAGUCCGAAUCGGCGUCGGUCAAGCAUUUCCUCUUAUUACGACAUCAAUUGCACGCCAGUCCACUGUACACGGCGAAACGCACACAGAGCAUGAACCCCACGAAAAGCUACGGCACAGCGCAGGCCAACGCGCAGUACGACGUGAAGAAUAAGGCCUCCGUCGACCCGUUUACGAGCAUGCCCACGUACGGGCAACGAUUCGUCCGCCAGGAGCGCGCAUUGCCAGACUGGUCUAGGCGGCCAGUGUGUAGAGAACUCUGGCCGCAAGAAUUGCUGGAUACGGUCGCGUCGGAUGCCCACACGUCUAAGAAGCGGAAGUUGGAAAUCUCGCACAUUUCGGCAUUGCCGACAGCCGACGAGGCGUUUGAGAUGUUGACGGGUCACGAUGACGAGGAAGAGGGCACCGGUGGUGGGAACCUGCUCGAGAAGCUGGAUGCGAUCGGCGGGGAAGAAGGCGAAGGUGUGCCUGGGGAAGGAGAAGAAGACGAAGCUGGGCUGGAGGAGGAAGAAGAGGAUGAGGCGUACGAUGACGAGGAUGCGGGCGAUUAUGAUGCGGAGAACUACUUUGACAAUGGCGAUGAGAUGGGCGAGGACUAUGGCGACGAUGGCGAUGGAGAGGGUACAUUCUAGUCACUCGGGCUCAAAGAUGAAUCAUGAUACCCAAUACAUGGCAUGCUGCUGUGGACGUAAAACAG